UACUUCCCGCUCGAGGCGCAGUUACAAUAGAUUUGUUCUCGUAAAUCUAAUUACAUUUUCAGACAUUAGUUUAUUAUUAUUAUUUCUGUUUAUAAAAUGAUCCUAGAUCGCAUUGAAGUUGACAUUAUGUCAUCAGCCUCAGUUCUUGUGAGAGUCAAUACAAAUAUUGUAAUAAUAUCGGUAUAUUUGCAUGUUCUAUUUACCUCAGUCAAUAGUCUGUCACACAUUGGCAAAAUCUUCUACCUGACGUUUCCAAACAUCGGCGUGACUAGCGAAGUGAAAGGAACUGGAGUCUCCCUGUACUUCUACACCACGACCCAGCACGGCAUUGAGGUCAACGUUUCGAGGCUCAGCCUCCUGCAGGACUCGAACUGGAAAGACUUUAGUUUUGUUGUACUAAGCAGAAGAUUGAGGACGAAACAGAUCAAAAUCAAGUAUUCAAAAACUUUCAACGAAACUUACACUGACAGCGCCUUGUUUAAGUUUGAGAGCCACCACGAGUUCAGUCUGUCUGUGAUCAUUGUAUGUGGCCGUCAGAAAAUCGCAUCAUUCCAGGCGGUGCCUUUUGACUCCUGGGGUCAGUCUUACAUCGCAUUUACCCUCAGUUCUGAGCAGUUUCUGUACGUCGUGAGCAGCGAGUGGGCUCAUACAGUCUCAUUCAUCUCGAGAUCAACAGAGAUCAACUGGGACAGCAAAGGCAGCAACGUGAGCCUACGUCUAGAGAACAAGAUGAUUGUAGACGACUCCGAUGAAACCAAAUCAAACAGAAAGUCAUUCUGUGCUGACAAUAGCAAUAAUACUCAAAGUUUAAAAGGCACUAAAAUACAAUGUUCAGACCCUUUGGGUAUUGUUCUCAGCAACUGUCCGAGAAUGUCAGACUGUGGUUCACCUGGCAACAGUGGCAGCCUCAAAGGUCUAGCUUUAGAGAUGUUACUGCCCACCACCUUCUUUGGGCGGGAAUUUUUCACCAUCUCCACGAAUAAGCUGACAGCGCCAGGUGUUCUACUUCUGCAGUCCCAUCUCCCCAACACCACUCUCUGUGUCAGCAUAGAACGUAGAGGUUGCGUUGACAUUUACUCUAUUGAUGAGCCUGGGGCAGGUCUCUACAUUGAAACUCUGCCCGGGUCCAGGAAAAUCAAAAGUGACCAAUCUAUUCAGGUGAUGUACAUUAUGAGGCCACCUUGUCCACCUGACCACGAUCUGUUGGGGGACUUGUCCGUUACUCUCUUAAUUCCAACAAACUUUUUUUAUACAGAGUAUGUGUGGAGUACAGUCAUUUGGAUGUCCCUGUGGCAUUACGUCAUUGUACUCAUCCAGAACGCCCACAUUGCCAAUCUGACGUUGAACAAGGAGAAUUUAAGCAUUAAUUGGACUCGAGUCAUAGGCGACGCAAAGUGGAGCUCAGGCGAGAAACAAGUUACCAAAGGGCCUCAAUAUUUGACCGCAGGUGACAGCAAACGCUUCGGUUGUUACGCUUAUGGAAUCGGAUACCGUGUGGGCUACAUACAUGCUCCAGGGUAUGACAAUUCGGCAAAAGGGUCGUACGUAUCCACUACAGAUCAAUCUGUGGAUUAUGGCAAUGGUGGUCUUAAUACCAGCAGAAAUGAUAGUGGAGAGAUAGUACAAGUACAAAACUCUACUAAAGAAUUUUAUAAUUGUCUCCCUUAUUCUUGGGGGAGAUCGUGUCAGAAGAACUGUAGACAUUGCCAGGAUAGUUGUCGUGCGGAGGAUGGAGUUUGUCAGAAGUGCAAACCAGGUUUUAAAAACCCCAAAAGAGGCUGCCCUGAUGAAUGUGGCAUCAAUUACUUCGGACCAAAUUGCAGCCUCAGUUGUUUACUGAAGUGUGGCAUUGACUGUGAUGAACGAGUCAAAGGCACCUGUCCAGUGCCCGACUAUAAUUACCAUUACUUAUUGUUUGUCGCCUUAGGAAUCUGUCUUCUGGCCGGCUGGACUACAUUUAAUUUCAGCAAGAGGAAGACGUUAGAGAGAAGUAAAACCAAUCUUGCCAAAAUCGAAGAGGACGUGCAGGAGGACGUAGAAACGCUUGUCAUACAAGGAGGACACAGCUACUCCUCCUUCUACGGCUCGUACAUCUGAGUUGGGACACUUGGAUCGAAGGACAGCACCUCGUUCAUAGGUCGUUGUGCUGGCCACACGACACCCUGCUCGUGAAGCGUUGGCCAUACAAACAGAUGACCCUAACAUCAUCUGCCCCAAAGAUCGCAAGAUCAGAAAGGGGGGAACUUUUUUGUUUUGACUUCGUUAGUAGAAAAUUGUGGAAGCUUAUACAGUAGUUGUAGGACUCAAUGUUUAAAUCUUGUAGAUUCUAGAAUAUCAAAGUGAUUAAACUAUACGAACUGUA